CCAAACCGACGCUCAGUCUCAGGAAGGAUGUGGACGCGGUGAACGCUGAAGUUUGGAGCGGUUUCUGGGGGAUGUCAGGAGGAUCCAACACUCGCUCUUUCGGGCUCUUGACGACUUCCCUUCGGAGACCCGAGCGGGAUUUCAACGUCUGAAGAAUCAUUUGGGAAUUUUCGAACGCGACGCGCAUCCAAGUUUGACACGUGGAUUCUGCAAACAUGUCGCAAAGGAGCAUCGAGUUUGAGCAUUUCGAGGAGCGGGACAAGCCCGGACACCGCGCGCCCAGAGCCGGGUCCGGGUCCGGGUCCUUCAGCGGGUCCAGGGGGAACGGUUUGGUCCCCAGUCCGGCUCACAGCGCGCACUGCAGCUUCUACCGCACGCGCACGCUCCAGUCCCUCACGUCGGAGAAGAGGGCCCGGAAAGUGCGCUUCUACAGGAACGGGGACAAGUAUUUCAAAGGUCUGGUCUACGCGGUGUCCAGCGACCGGUUCAGGUCUUUUGACGCACUGCUCAUGGAACUGACGCGCUCCCUGUCCGACAACGUCAACCUGCCCCAAGGAGUGCGCGCGCUUUACGCACUGGACGGGGGCAGGAAGAUCACCAGCCUGGACGAGCUGGUGGAAGGUGAGAGUUACGUCUGCGCCUCGAAUGAACCCUUCCGCAGAGUGGACUACACCAAGAACGUGAACCCGAACUGGUCCGUGGGCUGCAAAACGAGCACGUCCCGGUCUCUCCCGUCCCUCACCGGCCUGAAGAGCGAGCACCAGCGCGAGGCCAAAGACUUCAUCAAACCCAAACUGGUGACGGUGAUCCGCAGCGGAGUCAAACCUCGUAAAGCCGUGAGAGUUCUGCUCAACAAGAAGACCGCGCACUCGUUCGAGCAGGUCCUCAGCGACAUCACGGACGCCAUCAAACUGGACUCUGGGGCGGUGAAGAGGCUCUACACGCUGGAAGGCAAACAGAUCACGUGCCUCCAGGAUUUCUUCGGAGAGGACGAUGUCUUCAUAGCGUGUGGUCCAGAGAAGUUCCGUUACGCCCAGGACGACUUUGUGUUGGACCAGAGUGGUAAGACCGGCAGAGGCUUUGUGACCGAGUGCAGAGUGCUCAAGUCGUCUUCACACAGCCGCUCCGCGACUCCAAACCGCACCAAGAGCCCGGGGCCCACACGGAGAAGCAAGUCCCCCUCGUCUGCGAGGCGACCGGUGCACUUUGCCAGCAGCCGACCGAACAGCAAGUCUCCAGUAAACGGUUUCUCGAGCAGCCAGUCGUGUUCUUCCAGAUCCAAUAAGUCUUCUACUCCAUCUCCCACCAGCCCCAGGACCACGCCAGGGUUUAAGAUUCCUAAUUCAAACCACGUCUCGUCUCACACAAACGGAACAGUGAACAACCACCAGGAGCAGAGCAGCCGACUCAGUCCAGAAGUUAAUGGAAACCGUUACCCGCCGACCUCGUCCAUCUCGGAAAAGUACAAGGUCGGAAAAGUGAUCGGAGACGGGAACUUCGCCGUGGUCAAAGAGUGUGUGGAGAGGGCCACGGGGAAAGAGUUCGCCCUCAAGAUCAUCGACAAGACCAAGUGUGCGGGAAAGGAACAUUUGAUAGAGAACGAAGUGGCCGUGCUGCGUAAAGUCAAACACCCGAACAUCAUCAUGCUGAUCGAAGAGCUGGACACGCCCACUGAGCUCUACCUGGUCAUGGAGCUGGUCAAGGGCGGUGAUCUGUUCGACGCCAUCACGUCGUCGGCGAAGUACACGGAGAGAGACGCCAGUGUGAUGGUUUACAACCUGGCAUCAGCUCUGAAGUACCUGCACAGCGUCUGCAUCGUCCACAGAGACAUCAAACCUGAAAACCUGCUGGUGUUUGAGUAUCCAGAUGGGACCAAAUCUCUGAAGUUGGGGGACUUCGGUCUGGCCACGGUGGUGGAGGGGCCCCUGUACACCGUCUGUGGAACUCCAACAUAUGUGGCCCCUGAAAUCAUCUCAGAGUCUGGUUAUGGUCUGAAGGUGGACGUGUGGGCGGCGGGGGUCAUCACGUACAUUCUCCUGUGUGGAUUUCCCCCGUUCAGAAGUGAGAGUAACCAGCAGGAGGAGCUGUUCGAGCAGAUCCUUCAGGGCCGACUGGACUUCCCGAGCCCGUACUGGGACAACAUCACUGACUCAGCCAAGGAGCUGAUCGGUCAGAUGCUGCAGGUGAAAGCUGAGGCCCGGUACACUGCUCUGGACGUCCUGUCUCACCCCUGGGUCACCGUGUCCUGCUUUAAUGAGGACGCUGUGGGCGAGAACAACAUGAAGAUGGAGGUGUCAGGUAAACUGAAGACUCACUUUAACCCAGCGCCAAAGCACAACCCCACCACGGCCGGAGUCUCCGUCAUCAUGAACACAGCUCUAGAUAAAGAGGCCUUCAAGAUCAACUGCAGACCACUGUCCAAAACUCCAGCUCCCACUUCAGACGCCGAGAAACAAGAGAAACCGGAGAAACGGGAAAAACAAGAGAAACCGGAAAAAACUGAGAAACCAGAAAGACCAGAGAAACCGGAGAAACCCAACCUUCCCCCCAAACCUGGACCUCCUCUCACCAUCAGCAACUCCCAAAGUGACCUCUCCACCAAUCAGAGCUCUCCGUCUACCCCCGUGACCCCGCCCCUUCUGCUGUCCCCCUCCUCAGAACCGAUCAUCUGCCUGCCCGCGUCCCUCUCCUCCCAGACCGUAGCGCCCCCCGCGGACGACUCUCCGACCAAAGACGCGCUGUGCUCCCCCUCGCCGGUGUCUCCCGUCCAGCCGCUGGUCUUCUUCCCGCGCGCCCCGCCCUCUCCGCACCACGCCCCGCCCACGCUGUUCCCCUCGCCACCCUCCACGCCGCCCCGGUCGGACCCGCCCUCGCCCACGGGACCUCCCAAGGGCCUCCAGGAGCUGUCCGAGGCCGUGUGA